CUCCACUCCCCAAAAUAUCCCCACUAAACCAUGGCCUCCAUUGCCCUCAAAACCUUCGUCGGCCUCCGCCACUCCUCGCCGGAGAACAACACCACCAUCACUCUCUCCAACCCCCACCGCCGCCGCACCACUCAAUUCCGGAUCUCCGCCUCCAAGUCCAGCCCCCGAGUCACCGGCCGCAACCUCCGCGUCGCCGUCAUCGGCGGCGGCCCCGCCGGUGGAUGCGCCGCCGAGACGCUGGCCAAAGGCGGCAUCGAGACGUUCCUGAUCGAGCGGAAGAUGGACAACUGCAAGCCCUGCGGCGGCGCCAUCCCCCUCUGCAUGGUCGGCGAGUUCGACCUCCCUCUCGACAUCAUCGACCGCCGCGUCACCAAAAUGAAGAUGAUCUCCCCCUCCAACGUCGCCGUCGACAUCGGCCGCACGCUCAAGCCGCACGAGUACAUCGGCAUGGUCCGCCGCGAGGUCCUCGACGCCUACCUCCGCGACCGCGCCGCCACCGCCGGCGCCACCGUCAUCAACGGCCUCUUCCUCAAAAUGGACCUCCCUCAGUCCAAAACCGCCCCCUACGUCCUCCACUACACCGACUACAACUCCAAAACUGGCGGCUCCGGCGAGAAGAAGACCCUCGAAGUCGACGCGAUAAUUGGCGCGGACGGCGCCAAUUCCCGCGUCGCCAAGGGCAUCAACGCCGGGGACUACGAAUACGCCAUCGCCUUCCAAGAGCGCAUCAAAAUCCCCGACGACAAAAUGAAGUACUACGAAGACCUCGCCGAGAUGUACGUCGGCGAUGACGUGUCGCCGGAUUUCUACGGUUGGGUCUUCCCCAAAUGCGACCACGUGGCGGUGGGGACCGGCACGGUGACGCAUAAAGGGGACAUCAAGAAACUCCAGGUGGCCACGCGCCUACGCGCGCGUGACAAGAUCCAGGGAGGGAAAAUCAUCCGGGUGGAGGCCCACCCGAUCCCGGAGCACCCGCGGCCGAGGCGCGUGCUCGACCGCGUGGCUCUAGUAGGGGACGCGGCCGGGUACGUGACCAAGUGCUCGGGCGAGGGGAUAUACUUUGCGGCGAAGAGCGGGAGGAUGUGCGCGGAGGCGAUCGUGGAGGGGUCGGAGAACGGGAAGAGGACGGUGGACGAGAGCGAUCUGAGGGUGUAUUUGGAGAAGUGGGACAAGACGUACUGGCCGACGUACAAGGUGCUGGACAUUCUGCAGAAGGUGUUCUACCGCUCGAAUCCGGCGAGGGAGGCGUUUGUGGAGAUGUGCGCGGAUGAGUAUGUGCAGAAGAUGACUUUCGACAGCUACUUGUACAAGCGGGUGGUGCCUGGGAACCCGUUGGAUGACUUGAAGCUUGCGUUUAACACCAUUGGGAGCUUGGUGAGGGCGAAUGCGCUCACUAGGGAAAUGGACAAGUUGAAUCUAUGAUUCUACUACAUUUUGCUGUCUAUUGCAUCUUCAUUCAUACAUUUCAUCUAUGUAUGUUGCUUGUAAGAAUUGAGCUAUUAUUAGACUUUACUUUUUCUA